ACUGGGACACGCGGAGCUGGAACUUGAUUGUUGUGGUUCUUCUUCUUGGGGGCUGUGAAAUUAGGUUUAUUUUCUUCCGGAAAGUUUUUGGAAGGAUUCUUCUAGAUAAUUCUACAUUUUAUUUCGGAGGAUCGACUUUUUUUUUCGUCUUUACUACUCCCUCCUCCCCCGUGGGACCCGCCGGACGCGUGGAGGGGAUCGCACCCGAAGCAGAUUCUGUACAGCAGGACAGCGCUUUCCGCCUCUGGGGGAGCGAUCCCCCCUCGCCCCCGGGUCCUACGGAACGUAGACUACCAGGAGGCACAGCGGCAUCUUGUGGGGGCCUGGGCACCGCAAAGGAAUUACACGGAAACUUUGCCAUUGUUGGAGCGGGACGCUGCCCCCGCCCUGAGUUUCCCCGGACAGCGCACUUUGGGGACGCGCUCGGCUCACCCCGGACUCGCACCUUUCUUCCCCCACCCGGCCAUAGCCUUGGCUUCCCGGCGACCUCAGCGUGGUCACAGGGGCCCCCCUGUGCCCAGGGAAAUGUUUCAAGCUUUCCCCGGAGACUACGACUCCGGCUCCCGGUGCAGCUCCUCACCCUCCGCCGAGUCUCAGUAUCUGUCCUCGGUGGACUCCUUCGGCAGUCCACCCACCGCCGCCGCCUCCCAGGAGUGCGCCGGUCUUGGGGAAAUGCCCGGUUCCUUCGUGCCCACGGUCACCGCGAUCACAACCAGCCAGGACCUCCAGUGGCUUGUGCAACCCACCCUCAUCUCUUCCAUGGCCCAGUCCCAGGGGCAGCCACUGGCCUCCCAGCCCCCGGCCGUUGACCCCUACGACAUGCCAGGAACCAGUUACUCCACACCGGGCCUGAGUGGCUACAGCAGUGGCGGAGCGAGUGGCAGUGGUGGGCCUUCCACCAGUGGAACCACCAGUGGACCUGGGCCUUCCCGCCCAGCUCGAGCCCGGCCUAGGAGACCCCGAGAGGAGACGCUCACCCCAGAGGAGGAGGAGAAGAGAAGGGUUCGCCGAGAACGAAACAAACUGGCAGCAGCAAAGUGUAGGAACCGGCGAAGGGAGCUGACUGACCGACUCCAGGCGGAGACAGACCAGCUAGAGGAAGAAAAGGCGGAGCUGGAGUCGGAGAUUGCCGAGCUCCAAAAGGAGAAGGAACGUCUGGAGUUUGUGCUGGUGGCCCACAAACCGGGCUGCAAGAUCCCCUACGAAGAGGGGCCCGGGGGGCCCGGGCCGGGCCCGCUGGCGGAGGUGAGAGAUUUGCCGGGGUCAGCAUCCACUAAGGAAGAUGGUUUCAGCUGGCUGCUGCCGCCCCCGCCACCACCGCCCCUGCCCUUCCAGACCAGCCAAGACGCACCCCCCAACCUGACAGCUUCUCUCUUUACACACAGUGAAGUUCAAGUCCUCGGCGACCCCUUCCCCGUUGUUAACCCUUCGUACACUUCCUCGUUUGUCCUCACCUGCCCGGAGGUCUCCACGUUCGCCGGCGCCCAACGCACCAGCGGCAGUGACCAGCCUUCCGACCCCCUGAACUCGCCCUCCCUUCUUGCUCUGUGAACUUUAGACAAAACAAACACACACACAAGGGAGAGAGAUUUGGACGCGGAGGAACUGGAGGAGAGGGGAAGAGACAAAGCGGGCGUGUGGUUUCCCUGCCUCUCCUGCUUGACCCUCUGCUGCCGCUGCCAUCGGACAGGAGGACUUCCUUGUGUUUUGUGCUGCCUCUUGUUUCUGCCGGCCCGGCGAGGCCAGAGAGCUGGUGACU